GAGUUGUGAUGAACCUACUGCUCUCUUGCUCUGGAGAGGACAAGCCGAUAUUUAACUUCUUACCUGUGGGUGAUAUUGUGGGUAUCCAGCCAUCCGAAGACCAUGUGCCUCGUUCUCACCAUCUUAUCGUCCAUUGGCGAGGGCACGAAAGUAACUUCCAUCUUAGCGAGAGGUGCGCUGGUGAUAGUCCAUAGCAGUUGUUGUGCAGCAAUAACGACUUCACAUUCCCUCCAAUCGCAGAUACCACUCGGGUAUUCCAUGCAUGCAGCAGUGGCAGCAGUGCACAUCAAACCGGGGGAUUUCAACAGCGGUCAGAGUUUACAACAAAGUGUCGUGCAUUCAUGCCUUCCUGAUGCAGUAAUCGCCCUGAACAUCUAGUCUGUUACAGCCGAGGUCCCCGAGGAGCGAGUCUUGUACGAGUGGGCGACGAAGUCAAACAACCAAUGAUCUGCAGAUAAGAAAGCACGACUUGGGGAUCACAAGUCAUGUUUCGGCCGAGUAAACUUGGAUGAUUGGUAAAGAAG